AUGGCCCGGGCAGUAGUUCGAAAGUGUGUGAGAUGCGUACACGCAAAACCAAGUUUUGAAUGUCCACUCAUGGCGCAUCUUCCUAAACAUCGGGUACAAUAUUCACGGCCCUUCGCGGUCACUGGAGUAGAUUUUGCCGGUCCUUUCAUUGUUCGAAGUAGUGUUCGCCGUGUGGUCGGGAAAAAAGCAUGGUUAUCAGUUUUCCUUUGUCUUUCAACAAGAACUGUGCACUUAGAUGUCGUGGAAGACAUGACGAGCAGUGCCUUUUUAGCCUGCCUAAGAAGAUUUAUGGCGCGAAGGGGACAUUUCUCGGUGAUCUACAGCGAUAAUGGGACAAAUUUCAUGGGUGCUCAAAGGGAACUCAAUGCAUUCAUAGUCAAGGGUGGUCCGGAAAUGGCACGUGAAGGAAUUGAGUAGUGAUUCAAUCCGCCUGCCGGUCCCCAUUUUGGUGGAUUAUGGGAAGCAGUAGUGAAGAGCGCUAAGCAUCAUUUCAAACGUGUUAUGGGAGAAACAAGGCUUACAUUAGCGGAGCUAGGUACGUUGGUAUGUCAGGUCGAGGCUUGUCCUAAUUCGAGACCCAUGACACCAAUGAGUAGCCAUACGAAUUCGAAGCGCUCACACCAGCACAUUUUUUAGUUGGUGGCCCAUUGAACCUACCAGUGGAACCAGAUAUUUCACAGAAGGCACCAGAAAGUCUACGGCGCUGGAAACAUGUGCAGCACAUGCUUCAAACAUUUUGGCGCAGAUGGCAUGCUGAGUAUUUGCCGCAAUGCCAAAUUAAAGGGAAAUGGUUAACGAGGAAGCGACAAUUGGAAAUGGAUGACGUGGUGAUUGUCAAGGAUGAGUGUACGCCACCAACAAAAUGGAAAUUGGGAAGGGUGAUUAAUCUACAUCCGGGCAGUGAUGGAUAUGUAAGGGUUGCUACAGUCCGUUUGGCGUCUGGAGCAGAAAUGAGACGACCAGUGGCGAAGCUUUGCGUGCUGCCGUCCAAGACGGAUCAGGAUACAGUUGAACUUUGA